CCUGUUCUUCUCGGAGAAGCAGGCCGCGCUCGGUGCGCAGUUCCGGAGUGGCGCGGUGCGGCGCUGCUGGGACCAUGUCAGCGGGUUGGUAUGCUUCUGCUGUUUUGUAAUUCUGUCGGCGAUAUGGACAACCAGGUAUUAGUCAUUCGUAUUAAAGUUCCCGACGGGGUGGACGUUGACUGGACUGUGCAUCCGGCUUCACCUCUUCACUUCAGAGACGUGCUGGAUGUGAUUAGUCAAGUCCUGCCUGAUGCGACAACUACAGCUUUUGAAUAUGAAGAUGAGGAUGGUGACCGGAUAACUGUCAGAAGUGAUGAGGAAAUGAAAGCUAUGUUAUCAUAUUACACAAAUGCUGUGGUGGAGCAGCAGAUGAAUGGCCAGCUCACAGAACCACUUCAGAUAUUUCCUAGAGCCUGCAAGCCUCCCGGGAAGAGGAACAUUCACGGCCUAAAGGUGAACACACGUGCUGGCACCACUCAUAACAGCAGCUCCAUUGCAUCCGAUACUUUGCCUAACAAUAGUUUGAAGAAGUCAUCAGCAGAGCUCAAGAAGAUCUUGGCCAAUGGACAGAUGAAUGAGCAAGACAUUCGAAAUCGGGAUAUCCUGGGUCAUGGGAAUGGUGGCACAGUAUACAAAGCACAUCAUGUCCCAAGCGGGAAAAUUCUAGCUGUUAAGGUUAUUCCCUUGGACAUCACUGCUGAAUUGCAGAAGCAAAUCAUGUCAGAGUUGGAAAUUCUUUAUAAGUGUGACUCAUCCUAUAUCAUUGGCUUUUAUGGGGCUUUUUUUGUGGAAAACCGAAUCUCCAUCUGCACAGAGUUUAUGGACGGGGGCUCUUUGGAUGUGUACCGGCGGAUCCCAGAACAUGUCCUCGGGAGGAUAGCAGUGGCUGUGGUUAAAGGGCUCACCUAUCUGUGGAGCUUGAAGAUUUUACACAGAGAUGUCAAGCCAUCUAACAUGCUGGUGAACACGCGGGGUCAGGUGAAGCUGUGUGAUUUUGGAGUCAGCACUCAGCUGGUCAACUCCAUUGCCAAAACCUAUGUGGGAACCAAUGCAUAUAUGGCACCAGAGAGGAUAUCAGGGGAGCAGUAUGGCAUCCAUUCAGACAUGUGGAGUUUGGGAAUUUCUUUCAUGGAGCUUGCCCUAGGGAGAUUUCCUUACCCUCAGAUUCAGAGAAGAUCACAUUGUAAUUUGACUGUGACGUUACAAGUUUUCCGAUCCUAUGAGAAUCUCAUGGAAAACAGUGAUGAGAUUCUUAGUCAGUGUAGCACUUUAUGGUGGAACAGUAGUCAGAAAAAACAAGGUGCAGUAGUCUGGAAGAAGAGGCUUAAAGCCUAGAAGGUUUGCAGUCUUGAUUAUAAUUUAAUUCUGAAUACAGUGCAUGCCAUAUCUGUUAUGAUUCUUUAAGUGUGUGAUUUGCAAUUUGAACAUAAAGGAAAGAUGAGAUUGUAAACAGAUUUCUCUUUAGACAAUACAAAGGACUAUGUACUGUAAAGAUCUGAUUAUUCUGAGAUUGAAACCAUGGACUAAACAAACAAACUUUUUUAAGCAAUUAGGUAAGAAGGGCUAAUGUCAAAACAGUAAAUUUCAACCUGACAAGGCUGAAGAAAUUUUUAUAUGGAAUAAUGCAUUGUUUUUCAAACAGGACAAAAAGCUAAUAUGAGUAAAGAUCCUAAACUUGACAUUUUUAAAUGUCUCCUAGAUAGAUACUGUAUUCUUCCCUUCGUGGAAACUCAUGUGUCCAGUAGCUAAAGCACAUUAGUAAAAAUUGUUACAAAUUAUUUAAAAAGGCAAAGAGUACAAAACAUAAAUAAAUAGUAAAAAAGUACAAUUGAGCAGUGACCAGGUCAUGAAUCACUUGUAUUGACAACAUCAGUAGGAACAAGUGAUCUUCUAAAGCACUCUGUUCUACAGUGCAGUGAGAGAAGACGACUGCUACAUUUACUUUUCUGACCCGCCAAGUUGUUGUGGAGAAGGAUGGCCUGUACCUUUUCCCCCAUACACCUUUCACCACCCUUCCCACUAAGUCCACAGUUCUGCUUAGCACUAAGCCAGCCUUCUUCACCACCUUGUCCAGCCUCUUCGUGUUUUUAUCUGUCAUACUGCCUUCCCAACACAUGGCAUCAAAAACUGUCUGACAGAACAAAGACAUUCCUUGAUUUCUAGUCUUACACAACUGAAAUGACUACAUUUUUGGAAAGCAAAUAUUUUUCUGUUCACUUCUGGAAUGCACUUAAUCUAAUUAAGGGAUGUUGUGUUCUAAAGCCUAUUCUGAAAGCAUUGGAUGUACAGUAAGGCAAGAACAGAUUGUAGAUGGGGUUUUUGGUCUGUUACAGAGAAUACAUCUAAUUCAGUCUGUGGCAGGGUUUUUUUUUUUUCCCCCCCUUUCCUCAGUUUCCCAACUUUAGGAAUUUAGUGGGAAAACUAUAGUAAACACCACAUGGACACUGGGACAUUGUACAGACCCCACAAAGAUAUUCAUCUGGCAAAGAUUCAAAGUAAGGUUCUUAGAGCUAUGAGACAGUAUCACUAACAACAGGGCCACCAUGUCACCCAAGAGAACAUUCCCUCCAGCUAAAUUCUGAAAGGAUCAAAUACCAAAUCUGAUGAGACACUUAAGAAUGUCAUUUGUAAUUUGAUACAAAAAAGGCAAGUCUGUGAAAAGAUGAGAUAUCCCUGUAGGACAAAAUGCAAAGGAGCAUACACUAGGAGGAUCGGUUUUCCAAUUAGAUGAGAGUCAUAAGACAUAAGAAGUUAAGAUCAUGAAAGGAUAGGCUAUAAUCUCGCUGAACUUUUGUCAUACUUCAGAUAUGGACACACAAAUUCCUAAUGUGACAAAAUUCUGAAAUGUGAUUUCCAUUCUGAUGAGACACACCAAUGGCACGGGAUUUCCAAUCCUGUUCAGAUCUUUACUUAAAGGGUUCUUAAUUGUAUUGGUGGGUCAGAGGCUAUUCUAGCAGCACUGAACCCAAAGCAGGAAACAGCCCUGGACAGUGCAAUCUCCCAUAUUUCUAUUCUGAUAGGACUGAAAGAGGUAAAUUCAGAAACAAUUAUAUUUCUAAUCUGGCAAACUCUGGAUAGAUAAUGUGCAUAUCAUAAUGUAAAUGUUUAAGCAAAUAAUUUACAAUAGUAUGAGGAAUAAAAAGGAAAAUUUUGAAACUUUACAUGCAGGGACUCUAAAAGAUGAGGUGUACAAGAUAGAUUUUUUUUUGGAUGGAUCAAAUUUACAUUUCUCGAUUUUGGUUAACAUUUCCUUACUGUCAGCACACUGAGAAGGUAAGUAAAUUUUCUUAAGACAGGCGUCUCAUCCCAGCAUAACUUGUCUUGUUCUGUCCAUCUUCCACUUCCAAAAAUGUUCAGACAAGAUCUGGAGUUUCUUAAGGUGUUCAUUUCUGCCUGAGUGGGCAGGCAUUUGUUGAGGACACAAUUAGCAAAGCAUUACUGUAGACAGGUGUAAAUGUUCAAUACACCGGUCCACCACUUAUCAGCCCUACAAAAAGUUCAUAUGCUCUAUCUGAUCCAUUUCAAAUAGCACAAAAGUUCUACUCUGCCAAGACUUGAUAUUGUGACCAUUCAGAUAUCCACGUUUCCAUUAGUGGCCCCAGUUGUCUUUGUUUUCACAUGGCACCUGCUUCUUUUCCUAUCCUUUUUGGCACUGCUGGUGUGGAAUGAGCUCACAGUACCAUAUUUAAAUAAUAACAAAUCAAACUGUAGCAGAAUAGAAGCUUGUGACUGAGCCAUGUGGGACAGCGUGGUCCAGAAUAAACUCAAGCGUCACCAAUGUUUCACUGUGUAGCCUAUGUAAGCUGAGCUUUGGUUAAUAAAUUAUACCAAAAUGACCUGAAGUAAAAAAUAACUUUCUGUGCAAAUAGUGCCCCUGGUAUUGUAAAGCUUUGAAUGUUUUCACACCCCAUUAAUUUAUUACUUCUCUGGCUUCAUCUUUAAAUUUCAUUUUUAAGAAGAAAUUCAGACUCCCCGCUGCCGCCGUGAUUUUCAUCUUCUUGUUAAUUUUCCGCGCUCCAUAUGGAGCUCCAGACAUUUCACCUGGAGGCUGUACUAGAUUUUGCUGUAGUGAUCGUACUUCCGGAGGCCAAAACUGUCAUUUAAGGUUCUCAGUGCAUCUGUCUGCGACAGGCUUUUCGCUGGCACGAGCACGGGCGAAUAACAAAUUGGAUGCACCUGAGAUUCGGAUGAUUAGUGUGUUUUGUGAGUCUGUCGGCUUGUAAGCAGAUCGUUUUG